GAGUCCUGCGGGACAAUGUGGUAUCUUACUAUGAAUAUGAAUUUCUGGCUAUCUAUCCCUACAUAUACCUACAUGUUACAAUGUUCUACAUUUGCCUUGAGAUAUUAUAUAUGUGUUAUAAUAUGAUAUAGGCUAGGGAUAAUUUAGUGACCCAUGGUCAUAAAUCUACUUUCUACACAGGUGGUGGCAUAUGAUCAGGUUAGAGCUGGCGGCUACGCUUGGAGCUCAUGAACGGGGAAAAAUACUCCAUACACAUCAUUAUAAUAAGGUAUGAACCACAUUUUCCACAGAUUAACUGAUCUCUCUCUCCCAAUAAUAUAAGCGAAGCAGAAAUGAGUUCUUUAAGAUUCAAGUAUACAUGUCAAGUUGAUAGUAGACUCAUAUUUCAUUUAAUAAGGUCUUAGAAUCUUAAGUAACUUGAAUUCAGGCAAUCUAUUUAUUUUAGCAUUUUGUAUCAACGUCGGUACAAAAAUUGGUGGAAGAGUGUCUUGGAUUUGAUUUAAACCCACAUAAAUUCAUGAAAUUAUCUUAUAAAUCAUUUACCAAAUCUGUACUUAAAUAUACAAAGAAAUGGUAAAAUAAACUGAUCAAAACAUACUAAGACAUGUUCAAGUGUGCAUUAUCUAAAAUACUGCAUGAAUAAUCAUGAUUAAUUGUAGUAUUUGUAAUAAUAAAAUACAAAUUCUUAAGAGGUCAAAGGUCACCCUGUGGAUAGUGUUGUUCAUACAGUGCUGCCGCUGCCACCUAUAAUUGACAUAUCGUACAUUUAGAUGUUUGUAUAUUGCUAAACGAUUUUGAACUUUACAGGAUGAAUAUUGCGUUUGAAAGUUAUACCGAAUUAUUUCGCGAAAGUCAUAUUUACGAUAUCACGACUUUGAAUAUUAUGUAAUAAAUAAAUUACGAAUUUAUGAUUCAAAAUAUUAAUCUGAUGUACCAUUUUUUACGAAUUUUAUGACUAAAAAUUAAAUACGACUUGAUGAUUCAAUUUCUCGCGCCAUUUUUUCAUAUGUGUGGCGCGAGCUUGGCGCCAGCGUAUUUCCGUCAUAGAAGUAGCAUCCUAUAGAAGUGGUGUGCGCGCGCCUCCGUGAGGGACAAAACAUACGCAAUGCGACAAUAUUAAAAACACGUUUAACAUUCCUGACAAUAUACCAAAAACAAUCUACGUAAUUCGGUCAUUUGGCCACUUCCCCGUGUCUUCUCUAUGUUAUUGUACCUCUAUGAUUUCCGUAGUUCGUUCAUUUUCACAAGAUGGCGGGACAAGUGCGAGAACUGAGGAACGUUUAUUCAGUUGAGUGUUUUGUUUGUUGUGCAGUGUUUUGUUAAUAAAAGUGAAAAUAACAAAGGUGAGUACAUUGUGAUUGUGUGAAAUUUUGAGGAAGUGGAUUAAUCGAAAACGUGACAAGUAAAAACCUAUGCGGUAUAGGAUCCACUUUGAAUCAUCGAUUUUAAUUAUCGAUCUAUAUAAUUUCGUUUUAUGUAAAUUAAACAAACCCUGUACAAAGAUUAUUAGGUAUCCUGUGUUAUUGUGAGCGAAUACACUAUUAUAACAAAGAAAUCGUCACACAAUUACUUUGUAACAAGAAGUGACGCCAUUACGACACGCAAAUAAUAAGACGUGAGGGCUUACCCACGGGAUCAAAGAUACAGUGAUAAUUUACGUAAUAAUUAGAUAUUUAAAUGAUCUUACUAAGAAAAUAUGACUUAUUUCUAUGCGACUUGACAUGUUACUAUUAUUACUAUUUAAAAAAUGCGUAAGCACUAAUUCGUAUACUUGAGAGGAAUUAGGUACUUAUAUCGUUGGGUCAGAGGCUAUAUAUACUCAGAAUAAUUGUUUGUUGCACUUGAGUACGAAACCUAACUAAUGUAUUGUUAUGAAAUAGGAAUUUCGAGAAAUACAGCGUAGUCAGCGUACGAACUGACUAAUUUCGAGUCGAGCGUGAAAACAAGGCGUCUCUACGCCAAGCUACUUCUCUACAAGAGGAGGAGGAUAAACAUUCUUAGACCAAAGUCACAAGAGUGAGAGUGAGAACACUAUGGAAGCUAUCCUGCUGAAUCGCCUGUCCACAUUUGCCACAAGUAUCAAAGAGCAUCAAGUAAAAGCAUCAGAGCUAUGUGCGUGUCGUCCAUGGGGAAAGGAUCAGCUAGAGCAAGCUGCUAUUAUCGCCUCCAAACUACAAUCUAUACUGGGAAGAUUUCAAAGUGAUCUCUAUCAGUACUUCAACCUGUCCAAGGAUCCUAACGCCGAUGAGAUUUCAAAUGUAACUGCGAUACAGCUAGACGGUGAUGAAGUCUUAGCUGAACUUAAUGCAAGAAUUCAAGCUGAUAAGGAUACAAGACAAGUCAAAUCCGAUCCUACAAAAAACAGGAGCAAGUUACCAGAGUUGGAUUUAAUAUCUUUUCAUGGUGACGUUCUAGAAUGGACUCAAUUCUGGGACCAAUUCAGUUCCAACAUUGAUCAAAGGAAUAUACGAGAUGUUGAUAAGCUACUCUACCUUAAAGCAUCGUUAAAGGGUGAAGCCAAAACCAUUAUCGAUGGUUUAGAAACCACGAAUGACAAUUAUAAGAUUGCCAUAGAUACUCUGAGAGAGAGAUAUGGCAAUAGAGUGCAGAUUGUUGAUGCCCACUAUUCUUCCUUAUAUAAGAUUAAGAAGGCCAUGAAGCCAGAAGAUUGCAGAAAGACAUUAGAUGAACUCGAGAGACAUCUAAGAGUCUUACAGUCCCUAGGAGAGGACACAAAUCAAAACCAUUUAAGAUUUCUUUUCAUGGAAAAGUUUCCUGAAGACAUCAUUUAUGAAAUGAAACUAAAAUUGAAGACUGAAUCCAUCGAAGAAAUAAGAAAACAACUAAACACUAUCAUAUCAGCAAAAGAAGAUGCCAAGAGGAUUAGUGUUGAGACUAAAGGUAUGGAGACAACCUUUACCACUGAGACUUUACACAUAAGGGAUAAACAUCCGAAGAAACCCACCUAUGAUAGGAGAAUCAAACAUAGAGUUACAAAAAUGAGAGGAAAACCAAAUAAAUUUAGACAAAAUACAUCAACCUUUUCAAAUACAUUCCCGCCUAAGAAAAGAAAAUAUGAGUCCACUUGUCAAGCUUACUAUACAAACUCGAAAUGA